AUGAUGUCUCGGAGCAUCUCUGGGCUCCUUCGCCUUGGGCUGUCUCAAGCACACAGGCGCAGAGCCCAGGUUAUCUUUGUGACAGCUGUUUGCAGUCCGGCACUGGCCGGCCUUCACCUGGGGAGAUGCUUCAGUACCAGCCACAGGCUUCAGUAUGUCCCUGCGGGGGGCACAGGUUCUACUGAGAAAGUGAAGUUAAAUUUUAUUAACCGGGAUGGAGAUAAAUUCUCAGUCACUGCUAAAGAAGGAGAAAGCUUGCUGGAGGUGGUGAUGAAUCAAAACAUUGACAUCGAUGGCUUUGGGGCAUGUGAGGGGGCCUUGGCUUGCUCCACUUGCCACCUCAUCUUUGAGGGCAGCACAUUCCAACAACUGGACCCCAUCAGUGACGAGGAGAUAGAUAUGCUGGAUCUGGCCUUUGGACUUACCGAGACGUCUCGUCUAGGCUGUCAGGUGCGUGUGAAGAAUUGGAUGGAUGGCCUCACAGUCCAGGUCCCCACAGAUGUGUCAGACAUCAGGAGAGAACUGGAAGUGGAGAAGCAAACCAAGCAAUAAUAGCUGACAUGGUGUUCUGCUGAGUGAUCUUCCCACAAUGCAAUCAUUUCAGGCUUUAUGUUUCUUGACCAUUUUGCUGCCGCUUGCUUUUCCUUGUGACUUCUUGAGGUGCCUUUUGUAUUUAAAACCUGCCAUGUGUACUCAAGUUUGAUAUUUGCCAUGAGAUAUGUGGGAAC